AUGAAAAGACGGAAAGUUUCUGAAGUUUUAAGUUCAUUGCCACAAUUUUACAGCAAAGAAGAUCAAAAAUAUUAUAAAAUUGGAAAUAAACUAAAAGUUUAUGAACUUUGUAGAUUGCGAUCAAUUGUUCUAUUUAUCAUUAUAAUUGCUGCAUCACUUGGAAUUACUGUUGUUCACAUUAUUGACGGGAACUUUGAUUUCUCGGAUAAACUUCCUUUUGACACAUCAAACUUGAUUGUUUUGUCGAUUUCAAUUUUAUGGAUGAAUUUAGCUAAUUUUUCGUACCAAACAACAAAUAUAGUGACAGAAAUGUUUCAGUAUGGAACUAUUGUGAUUUUGUCAAUGGAAUUUAGAAUUUUGGCGAAUAAAUUUGAGAAUUUGAAGUCACUUCAACUUGACAUCUCAUCAAAUCAUAACAAUGAACCAUCAACAUCAAAAGUCACGAAAAGAUCAGCUUUAAUAAAAUUUGAAGACUUAAAGCCACUCAUUGAUAAACACAAUCAAUUACUUGAAAUUCGAGAUAAUUUAUGGAACAUUCACUGUACAUCAUUUCACAUCAGAUUCCUUCUUUCGUCAUUCCAGCUAUGCUUCAUGGCAUUUCAAAUUACAAUGUGGGAUGAUGGGCGGUUCCUUUACAUUUCAGAGUUGAUUAAAGAUUUAUUCAACAUUUUCUUUCAAUGCUACUUUGGACAAAUGCUGAUGGAUGCAGGAUAUAGUAUUGCAAAAGCUGUUCAGAGAAUAGAAUGGGAAAAUAUUAAGGAUUUGGAAGAUCAAGACAAUUACAAAAUCAAGUCUCAACUCAAAGCAUUUAUAUCUUAUAAAACUGGGUCAAUGGUAAUGUUUUACAUCACAAUUAUUUUAUCGCUUGCGGCAACAGCAGCUCAUGUUUAUCAAAAGAAUUUCGAAUUCUCAAAGAAACUUCCGUAUGACACAUCAAAUGUAUUCGUUCAUUCAUUGUCAGUGAUAUGGUUGAAUUAUGCUCAUAUUACUUAUCAAAUAACGAAUAUAGUCAUGGAAAUAUUUCAAUAUGGAUUAGUGACGAUCCUGUCAAUGGAAUUUAAAAUAUUGGCAUAUAAAUUUGAGAAUCUUAAAGUAGUUGUCAUCGAUAUUGAAGUUCAAAAUGUUGAAGCAUCAACUUCUCAAUAUAUUCCAUCAACAUCAAAGAUUAAACAACAGCCAACAAAGCGAUCAGCUCCAAUAAAACUUCAAGACAUUAAACCACUUGUUGAUGAACACAAUCAGCUACUUGAGCUUCGAGAUCUCUUAUGGGACGUCCUUAGCUUAUCAUUUCACAUUAGAUUCAUUUUGUCAUCAUUCCAGCUAUGCUUCCUGGCAUACCAAAUUACAGCGAGCAACGAAAAAUAUCUGUUUAUAGCUGAAAUGAUUAAAAACUUACUUAACAUUUUCUUUCAAUGCUAUUUUGGACAAAUGUUGAAGGAUGCAGGACAUAGUAUUGCAAAAUCAGUUCAGAGAUUGAAAUGGGAGAAUAUUAAGGACUUGGAAGUCAGACGAUCUCUAAUGAUAAUCAUGAUGAGGUCACAAGAAUCAAUAGCUUUUCGAAUUAUUGGCACUUAUGAUAUAACAGUCGAGCAGUUUACUACAAUAGUAUCGUCUGCUUAUUCAUAUUAUACGUUGUGUCUGGAAGUCUUUAAUUAG